GGAAAUCCUGCUUUCUACAGUUUCUGGCGUGAGCCCUGCUUGAGCAGCAGUUCCAGGAGACAGCAUGGAUAAAUUACGUAGAGUCCUGAGCGGCCAUGAGGAUGAAGAGCAGGGGCUGACAACUCAGGUGUUGGAUUCUUCUUCCCUAAGCUUUGGCACACGAGUAAAGUGGUUUGCAAUAUGCUUUGUUUGCGGAAUAGCAUGCUCUAUUCUUGGCACUGCAUUACUGUUUAUACCUGGAAGUGGGAAAAAACUUUUUGCUGUAUUCUACACUCUAGGAAAUAUUGCUGCUCUUGCUAGCACAUGUUUUCUUAUGGGACCAGUGAAACAACUGAAAAAGAUGUUUGCACCAACAAGACUGAUUGCCACUAUAGUCAUGCUGCUUUGUCUUAUCGGUACAUUGUGUGCUGUGUUUUGGUGGCAUAAGAACGGCCUGGCAAUUAUAUUUUGUAUUUUACAGUUCCUUGCAAUGACAUGGUAUAGCCUUUCAUUUAUACCCUUUGCAAGGGACGCCAUUAUAAAAUGUUUCACUGGCUGCCUGAAUUGAGAGACCAAGAUUAUUUCUGCAAUAAUUCAGGGACUGGCCAUUCUGUUGUUAUCUGCUGAAUUUACAUUGUUUUGCCUUAAAUGACAAAAUUUUUACUACAUAUAUGUAUUGUACAUAUGCUUAACAGUUUUGUACCUGCACCAUUGUAUUAUCAGAGCUUCUUAAAGGUCAACAAGAAUGAUUAUAAUUUUUUUUAAUAAGAAAUCCGUACAUAUUUAAUAUGUGCAGUAAUUAAGGUAUUUGCACUGUGACACAUGACUUUGUUUUUAACAAACACCAUCACUCCAUGAAUAUAAAUCUUAUAUUAGUUUUUUCUUUGCCAUGUAAAUAUAUAUAGAUAUAUAAAAUCUGAAAUGUGUAUAUAUAGAUGUGUGUGCAACCCUUUUCAAAUUAGAAAUAUAUAUAUAUAUAUAUAUAUAUAUAUAUAUAUAUAUAUAUAUAUAUAUAUAUAUAUAUAUUAUAUAUAUAUAUAUAUAUAUAUAUAUAUAUAUAUAUAUAUAUUCUAAUUCUAAUAUAUAUAUCAGAGAACACCACAGCUUCAUUGUAAUCAGCUUGAAAAAGGAACUAAAUGUUCUGAAAGCGUGAUAUGAUUAUCUUUGUUAGCCAAUAAAGGUAUCACCUUUA